AAGUGAAUGAAGAAAAAAAAAACGAUCGCGACACGGCGGUAUAAAAGCGACCGGGAGUUCCCGUUCUAAGUCAGUCUGGAACGAUUCUUCGGUCGUCCAACAGAGAUAGCAGUUCGGUAGAAGAAAGUGGUCGUGAUGCGUGCUUUUGUGAUUGUUUCGGCCUGCCUGGCGGUAGUUUCCGCGCAGAGCUUCGGUUCCGGAGGCAGCUUUGGCGGAGGCAGUUUUGGUGGAGCUUCGAGCGGAUCUCAGGCGUUCUCCGUAGAUUACUCACCGGGAGCCUAUGAUCAGACCGUGGUUGGUGGAUCCUCUGGAGGAGGAUUUGGCUCGGUAGGCUCUUCAGGUGGAAGUCUAGGAUUCGGUGGUGGAUCAUCAUCUUUCGGCGGUGGCUCAUCAUCUUUCGGCGGUGGCUCAUCAUCUUUUGGUGGUGGAUCAUUCGGCGGUGGAUCAUCUUUCGGACGCAGCGGUGGAGGAUCUGUUGGAGGGGGCUCCUUUGGUGGCGCUGGAACUAGAUCAUUCGGUGGCUCCAGUGUUGGCUCUUUCGGUGGAGCAGGAGGUGGCUCUUUCGGUAGUUCUGGUGGUAGCUCAUUCGGUGGCGGCGGCGGUGGUUCAUUCGGUGGUGCUCAAUCUAGUUCAUUUGGUGGUGCCGGAGCUGGUGCUUUCGGUGGUGCUAAAGCUAGUGCAUCUGCCUCGGCUGGAGCCAAUGUUCGUUACAUAACCAAGCCAGAGAUAGUCAAGAAGCACUUCUACUAUCACGUGGCCCCUGAAGCUCAAGCGGAAGCUGAAGCCGAAGCUCGUGUUGAAAUCCAACCUCAGACUCACUACAAGGUGCUCUUCAUCAAGGCCCCAUCUGUAUCCGCUGGAGCUGCUGCUCGUGCCGCCGCCCGUACACGCACCCAAGAGAAGACCAUUGUUUACGUUUUGGUCAACAAACCAGACGCCGAGGGUGAAGCUGGCGCUGAUGCCGCCGUUGAUACCUAUGCCAGCGCCAAACCCGAAGUAUACUUCAUCAAAUACCAGGGCAAAAAUGGUGGAGCUGGUGGUGCUGCAGGUGCAGGUGCUUCCGCCGGUGCCGGUGCUGGUGCCUUCGGAGGAGCUUCGGCCGGUGGAUUUGGAGGAGGUUCGUCCGGUGGCUUCGGAGGUGGUUCAUCUGGUGCUUUUGGUAGUAGGACUUCGGCUGGGGCUUCUGGAGGUGGUUCUGGAUUUGGUGGCGCUGCUUUUGGGGGUUCUGAUGCUUCUUCGUUUGGUAAUUCUGGAGUCUCAACCUACAAUAGUGGAGCAUCUGGAUUCGGAGGUGGCAUUGCAAGCGAUUUCGGAGGUGCUGGUUCUUCUAGCUUCGGUGGCGGUUCUUCCAGUUUCGGCGGUGGUUCUUCUGGCUUCGGAGCCGGAGGCGGUGGUGGAUCAUCGGCAUCCAGCUCAGCCGGAUCGAGCUCAUUCAGUCGUAGUUUUGAUGCCGGGACUGGAACCGUCUUUGGAAGCACUCCGACUUUCAUCAGCACUACUGGUUCGCCAAACUUUUAAGUGAUUGCAUCGAUUAGCUCAUUUAAGUUAGAUGAACGAAUCGGAUGACGACGAAUAGGAAGACUAUAGGUUAACUAAGGUAGAAUAGAUUUAAUUUCGAUUAGGAUAAGACCAGCGAUGAAGAUAACCGUGUUUGUGCAGCUCUCUCAAAAAAGUCAACAUUGUACCAUAUGGAAACAAAAUAAAUACAAACAACGAUUGA